AUGUCGAAGACAAAGAAGCAGUUGAUGUCUUCAGCUCCAUGGAGGGUUGAAGAAGAGGCUGAAGAUGAAUUCCAAGACGCGAAGCUUAAAGUGACAAGCCAGCCAGGGUCCACUCCAACCAUGCACGUUCCUAAAAAGAAAACGAAGCGCUCCAAAGACCAAGAUUAUGAAGACUCUCUCACUGAGAUCGACCCUGAGCUCCGCUAUAGCUUCCAGCGUAACUUUCAGUUCCUUCAACGGGUUUUUAGCAUCGACACUGUUGUGAAACCUCUUCCACCUGUCAUGGCGUACAAUGUCUCCCGCAACUUGAACUUCUUCACUCGUAUUUUCACACAAUUUUUUGAUCCUGAAGGUAUUGCAAGUGCGCAGAAAUCACUUGGGUUAGGCCAGGAAGAAAAAGUUCGUAAAGUUCGUUGA